AUGGACGAGGAUUCUAGUGAUUAUGAAAUAGAAGAAAAUGAUAACUGGCAUUGCGAAAAACCCAUAUACACGAAACCUUUAAGUGAAAUAAGAGUCGAUUACAUUACUAAUAACAAUCGAUGGCUUCCUGCAGCGCCAAAUUCGCCAAUUUCGUUGAUCUUGCGUCCCGAUAUGAAUUCAAUUGCUAUAUCAAUAGGUGAACAUGAGGUUCAUCUAAACUUUAGAGAUAUCAGAAAUGCAAGGUUGACAAGCUACGGUGAUGGUGAAAUAAAGAUAAAUCUGAACCGGAAUUAUGAAAAACGAUAUUAUAAAGCAAAUCAUAAAGAUGGUCGAUUAAUUCCCCUUAUUGACAAUCCUUUUAAUGAUAUUUUUGACGAUGCCAUGAUACUUAUGUUUAAUCUGACUAAAGGGGUUACUAAUGCUCUUCGUAAAGACUUUGUAGAGUGUUUGUGCGACCAACUGCACAAAGAAAGAUUGCGUCAAAAUAAACAAAACAAGCAUGCAACAAUUAAUGAUGAUAAAAAACAUGUAUUUAAUGAGAAAUCUGCUGACAAUAAUGAUAAAAAACAAGUAUUUAAUGAGAAAUCUGCAGAUAAUAAUGUUAAAAAACAAGUAUUUAAUGAGAAAUCUGCAGAUAAUAAUGUUACUAAUGGCCUCCCUAAUAAUGCCUCUAACGACACUCCAAUUCAAAAACAAAGUGAAAAAGUAGAUGAAAGACAUGGAAAAUUCAAGUUUUUAGUCAUUGUUAGAUAUGGGCCACAAUCUAUAAAGAUAGAAUGCCAACAAAAUACUACACUUGAUACAGUGUUGCUUAUUGCAGAAUUAUUAUUUUCACUUAUUUCUAUUGAAAAUUUACAAUACAAAAAUAUUGAGGGCAAUAUUAUCGAUAUUAAUUGUGAAGAAAAUUGGAAAGCAGCAAAGUGGGAAAUGAAUAAGGAAAAUAAUGAUAAGAUUGAAGUUUAUAUUCAAUCCUAA